AUGACUGAAAAUAUGAGCAUAUCUGUGAACGGCCAAUCUCAAGUCCCUCCUGGUUUCAGAUUUCAUCCAACUGAAGAGGAGCUCUUGCAGUACUACUUGAGGAAGAAGGUCUCCGGUCAGAGGAUUGAUCUGGAUGUCAUCCGCGAGGUUGAUCUCAAUAAACUUGAACCAUGGGACGUCCAAGAAAAGUGCAAUAUAGGAACCACACCACAAAAUGAUUGGUAUUUCUUCAGCCACAAGGACAAGAAGUAUCCAACCGGAACGCGCACGAAUCGUGCAACAGCUGCCGGGUUCUGGAAGGCCACCGGCCGUGAUAAGGUGAUACGCAGCAACUGCUUGCGGAUUGGCAUGAGAAAAACUCUUGUGUUCUACAAAGGCAGAGCUCCCCGCGGCCAAAAAUCCGAUUGGAUCAUGCACGAGUAUAGACUCGAUGACAACACUAGCAGAAUCACUAAUGUCUCCGUUGUCGUUGGGGAGGCAGAUCAGGAGGGGGGAUGGGUGGUUUGCAGAAUCUUCAAGAAGAAAAAUCUCCACAGACCAAUGCUGAGUGCUACUACUUCAUCCAUCACAACAGAUACUACAAGAAGUACCCACCAACUCUUAUAUAAUUCUUGUGAUGCUGACGAGGGAGCUUUGGAGCAUGAACUUAAGGUCAUGGAAUCAAGGACCUGUAACGGCUGCAAGGAAGAGACUAAUGAAGCAAACAACUCGUUGUUCAUGAACCACAUUCAUGGGUUUCAUGACGAUGUUGAUAGAUUCUUUAAUCUUCCUAGCCUACAGAGCCCAGACUCAUCUGCAGAGAAUGAUGACCAGGUGAGUCAUCAACGAGUGGACUGGGUUGGCCUCACCAACUGGGCAGCGCUUGAUCGUUUCGUGGCUUCAGAACUCGAUGGCCGUGAAAUGAUGACGUACCCGGAAUCAGGGAACUACUUCAUUACUGAUCAUCAUGAUUUUCAUGAUCAUGAGCUCCAAUUACCAACUACUCUGUGA